AUGAAGUAUUCCACUAUGAUCUCGCAGAAUGACAAUCCACAAUGGAACCAGUUUUUCAGGUUUAAUGGGUACGAUGAACAAGACAUUGCGCAAGCUGACCUCGAAGUCACUCUGUGGACCUGUGAGCCGGACAGUAGUGAGCAGACCUUCAUCGGUGAGGUCAUAAUCGAUCUGAGUGUCGCUGACCUCACUGGUUUGCUGUACCGAUACCCACUGCAGUUGGAGCCGUCAAGUGAAUUCUCUUCCGAAGCAGCCACACCGGUUCUGGAUGUUGCUGCUGCAUCUGAUCCCCGUAUUGCACUAUCUCAUUCUCGGUCACCUCGCAGAACACAGCAAUCGGUCACAGGACGCAUGGCUCCCACACAUGAGUCUCCGCAUUUAGUCCCAGCAAAAGUGGGAGAAGAUUUAACGCAUCAAGCAACAGCUUACGACGAAACUGACGAAUCGACGCACGACACAGGCGUGCUCAGUUCGCACAUGUCAAACAGAGUAGACGCAAGGCAGAUGAGAAGACAUUUUCCUCUUGGUUCCCCUCGAGUUGGAAAAAGCUACCGGGGCCAAGAACCUCAGUUACAUUCAGACGUUUCUGAAUAUUCGGAUAUCUCUGACGUCUCUCGGAUAAGUAUACGUACAGCACGCUCCGAUCGGUCAAGAAACCGACAGUCCGAUAAUUUGGCUCAUUUUACAACACCGUAUCACCAGGCUUCUGCGAUGGGUAGCAACAAUGAACUUCUCCCUGAGUCAUACAGUCCAGUGAGGAGGGAGUACGACUUACCAGAAAAAAGCAGUAACGAGCCCCGUGUGUUCCAUCAUGGACCAACUUUUCCGGCAGAUGAUGAACGAAGACAGCAAAAGGAAAGUAGCAGCUCGGAGUGUGGGUCUAUUCUCAUGGAAUCUUCAGAUGGAAGAGAUGUUGGUUACCGUGAAAAACCCAAAGAGUUUCAUCCGAUUCCACCAGAGCAGCACAAUCGGGUAAAAAAUGGAAGCGGGUGGAAAACACGUCCAAGCAUUAGCCACAAGUUUUCAACAGUGCUUGGGAGGUCAGGAAAGAGCAGCAGCACAUCGAACUUGGAUAAGAAAAGAGGAACACGAUUUCAGCGAUCUGAAGAAGUGUUACCGUUUCUGCAGGAAGAUCGGCUUACGGACAGCGUAUCUGAAACUGCGGGAUCCAGUGGAAGUCUACUACCAGUAAAGCCGGGUUCAAGAGUGGCUAAUGAAGCUCUUCAUCGCCAAGGAGAAAGGGAUGACCGCAACAGCAGCCGAAACAGCCCAACCCUCAGUCGCAAUGAAUCCCAUGUCGGGGAGUUUGUUGAGGGCCUGGGACCUGGUCAGCUUGUUGGUAGGCAAGUCCUCGGCAUGCCAUGCUUAGGCGAAAUUCAGUUGAGCUUUUUCGAUCGAAAGGGACGUUUGGAAAUAGAGGUCAUCCGUGCUCGUGGUUUGCAACACAAAAACGCCAAUAAACCAAUACCCGCACCGUACGUGAAACUGCAUUUGUUGGAGGGCAAAAUCUCAGUGGAAAAGCUGCGCACAACCACUGCACCUCGGCGGACCUUGGAUCCACUCUACCAGCAACAGCUAGCGUUCUCUACGCCCUAUCACGGAAAAGUCAUACAGGUAAGCGUAUGGGGAGAAUAUGGCCGAAUGGACAAAAAGGUUUUCCUUGGAAUGUGCGAGGUGGUUCUGGACGAUCUCGACCUGAAAUCCGUUGUGUUCGGAUGGUACAAAUUGUUUGGGAUAAUCGCUUCUAACGCCCAUCAUCGUCAUCAAUCAAGGAACCUUCACCAGAGUCACAGUGGUCUGUCGGUGCCAGAUGCGGAGUUUAACAGUGAUAUCGCAAAAAAGGAGAGUCGGUCAACAUUAUCAAAAGGAAAAGCCUCCUCGUUCAUUGAUCGGAGACGAAAGCGAACUACUGUUGAAAAAUGAGUGCACGGAAGCUAGGAUACAUUGCUAG